UAUCUUAUUUGUUUUGUGGCUUGGCAACCAUAAUGCUAUAACACUCACACUUACAGUUUAAUGUACGAUAUAUUUCCAUUGUUUGAAAAUAUUUGUUUUACAUUACCAUGUGUAACAAUACAACACUGUUAAAAACUUAUUAAAAUUAUUAAAGAAUUGUGCUUAUAUCUUUAUAGAAUAAACAAUAAUAUCAGUCUAUUGCAUAAAAGAAAAAAAAUAUUAAGGUGAAAUCAAUAAAUUGUUGUCAUAAUGUCAACAGAUUUUUAUAUACGCUAUUAUGUGGGUCAUAAAGGAAAAUUUGGUCACGAAUUUCUCGAAUUUGAAUUUAGACCUGACGGUAAAUUGCGAUAUGCAAAUAAUUCAAAUUACAAAAAUGAUACAAUGAUUCGAAAAGAAGCAUAUGUGCAUCAAUGUGUGAUGGAGGAAUUGAAAAGGAUUAUUCAAGAUUCUGAAAUAAUGCAAGAAGAUGAUUCUUUAUGGCCACAACCAGACCGUGUUGGACGUCAAGAAUUAGAAAUAGUAAUUGGUGAUGAACAUAUAUCAUUUACUACUUCAAAAACUGGUUCAUUAUUAGAUGUAAACCAAUCACGAGAUCCAGAAGGAUUAAGAUGUUUCUAUUAUCUUGUACAAGAUUUGAAGUGCUUAGUAUUUUCUCUUAUUGGACUUCAUUUUAAAAUAAAACCUAUAUAAAUGUAUAAUUAUUAUGUAUUACAAAUUUAAGUAAUCUUAAUUAUUUCAUAUUAAAAAAAUACAUGAUUUAUAAUUAA